GAUGUUAGGCUCAUGUGCAUAUAAAUGAUUACCUUACAAGGGAUUGAAUGAUAGGUUUUUGUUAGGGAAAGUUACGUUUUUUUUCAUUACAUGAUUUUAAAAUAGUUUUUUUUAUUUUUGCAGUUACAAAGCAGUAUGUUUUCUGGGCAACGCAAUGCUGCAUUGGAGACUCAGGAACGUGUAACAUGGGUAGCCCCUGACGACGCUGAAUCAAGUGAUAUCGACGUGAGCCCUUUGGACAUUGACAGUGAUGAUGACGACCCUACCUACGUUCCUGACGAAGGCCUUACUCAGGACGGUGCCUUUGACCUUCCUAACUCUAGAGAUCACAAGGUCAAUGUUGUCCCUCAAGCGAUGCCUAUGGAAGAGGAACCUGAGCCUAACCCUAAGAGGUCUCGUGCUGAUGAAUGGAAGAAGGAAAACAUUGAUAUCCAUGCCCUGCCCGACUACAUUCAUCAGAAGCCUGGUGCCAGGAAUUCUCUUGGCACCAGAGAUUUUGCUUUGCCAAGAAGGGGCCAACAGGCAGUUUUGCAAAAUAUUGAGACACGCCAGAAUGCCACUGCCCUACACAUGCCAAAGCGUGUCACCAUGAGGCAGACCUGCAAGUUCUGUUCUGGUGCAGGCCACAUCCACAGUUCCCGCUGGAAGUGUGAGGAUUGCAAUGUUGCCCUUUGCCUUACUGAAGAAAGGAAUUGUUUUGCUUUGUUCCAUAAGAUUUCUAAGUAAGUUGUUUGUUAUGAUA